AGAUUCCGAGCCGAAACUCACGAAAGUAGGGUUGAACGAUCGGACGACUCUGCCUUGUUCUCCAAGUCGUCCUAUUUUAAUUAAUCAACGCAGCUCAGCGACUUACUCUGCAAUUCUCAGAUUGCAAAUAGAAAUCAAUGGUUUCCUCUUUUUCAUGAUCGAUUCCGAAAAUCUCCAUGGCUCUCCCUCUCGGCAAGCUCACUAUCCUCGUUGGUGCUGGCAUUGUUGGGUCGGUACUUGCUAAGGAAGGACGAUUGCCAAAUGUCUCUGAUUUCUUCUCCGGCGCAUUUAAGAUUGCAUUAAAGCAAAUUCGGCAAGAUAAUUCAACCAAUUCAACUCCAAAGCCAAAAAAUGAUUCCUUGAUGCAGCAGGUUAAUAGCUUACGGCAGGAGCUACAACUCUUGGCUUCAAAUAGAUCUGUUACAAUUGUGACAUCAAGUGGAUCAGGUACUAGCAGAUACACUAUAAUCAUUGUUGUUGUGGUCAUGGGGUAUGGUUAUAUUUGGUGGAAGGGUUGGAAGCUUCCCGAAUUAAUGUUUGCAACCAGGCGGAGCUUAUCUGAUGCAUGUGCUAAUGUGUCCAAACAGCUCGAGAGUGUAUAUACAUCUAUUUCUGCCACAAAGCGUCAUUUAGCUUCACGAAUUGACCGCGUCGAUUCUAAAAUAGACGAGUGUGUGGAUAAUACUGCUGCUACAAGAGAUGAGGUUUCUGAAAUUCGAGGAGAAGUGAGCAAAUUUAGUGAGGAUGUCCAAUCUGUUCACCAAGUUGUCAGAUCACUGGGGACAAAAAUUAGUAGGAUUGAAGGGAGACAGAAUGAAACAAACUAUGGCGUGGAAAAGUUGGUUGCUUUUGUGAGGAGCUAUGAAAUUGGUAGAGUCAAGGAGCAGAUUGAGGCAUCCCCAUCUAGCUCAUCUAGACCUGCCCUGGAAUUACCAUCUGUAACUCCCUCAACACGGGCUGGGCCUUUGUCUCCAAGUUCAUCAAUCGAACAACCAUCUCCAUCUGCUUCUAGUGUAUCUCCGAAGCGUCCUUUGCAUAGUGCUAUAUCUGCCUCAGGCCUGAAGGAGCUUGGAGGUAUAUCAGAUAUAGUCAAAGUGUCAAGUGAAAGCAGUCCUCAGAUUUCCAGUGCUGUUUUCACCUCAGAACAGAGCAAUGAGAACUCUGGUUAUAGUGUGUUUGGGCGUACGUUUUCUGGCAUUGGUGCUUCUUUUAUCACAAGAAGCCGCAGUGCUAUGCAGAAUUUUAGGUGAAGACAGUUCAGCAAUCAGUAAAAUAAUUGAUCUUUUAUAUAGUAUAUAUUCAAGGUUAGUGUUGCUAGCUGAGCAUCGAUCUCGGCUCAGUGAGUAUUUUUGCCAUUUUUUGAUGGCUGAAUUUUGUAGAGCUAAUUUUGACCAAGGUAAAUUUAGGUUACAUAUGUAAGUUCAGGCUAGACAUAAGAGAAGCAGGAAAUUGGAUGAGAGGAGUUUCAAGUCAAAUUAUCUCCUGUUUAUCAAAUGAAUGUUAUCAUCACAUGAGUGUUAUCUGGUGCUUUUUGCAUUUUUUA